UCAGUUUGUGCCAAAAUUUAUGAAAAUGUUGACGUCAGUUGUAACGUUAGCUAACAGUAUUAUAGGAGUUAGCAUCCUAGCUAUGCCGUACUGUUUUAAACAGUGCGGAAUAUUGCUUGCUGCUCUGAUGAUCAUUUUGUCUGGAGUACUAGUCAAAUUGGCUUGUCAUCUGUUGUUGAAGUCUGCAAUGUUGGCUCGCCGAAGAAAUUUUGAAUAUCUGGCGUUUCACACAUAUGGAAACACAGGGAAACUACUAGUCGAGCUUGGAAUAAUCGGUUUUCUUGUGGGAACUGCCAUUGCAUUUUUCGUUGUGAUGGGUGACCUUGGACCCCCUCUCCUAGCAGAGUUCACAGGCAUAGAACAGACAGCUAAUCUCAGGCUGGUCAUUCUUACAGGUCUUGGUUUGUUUGUUGCCUUGCCCCUGUCCUUGCUGAGGAACAUUGAGAGCUUACAAGUAAUCUGUGCAACCAGUAUCAUCUUCUAUUUAGUUGUGGUUUUUAGGGUUGUACUAGAAGCAGUCCCAACCUUCACCUCGAUGAAUUGGUUGGAUCAAGUUAACAUCUGGCGACCUGCUGGCAUGCUUCAAUGCUUUCCUAUAUUCUCGAUGGCCCUGGCUUGUCAGACUAACGUAUUCGAGGUGUACGCAACCCUACCCGACGCAUCUCUUCCCAAGAUGAACCAAGUUAUCAAGGGGGCAGUGAAUCUCUGCUCUGGACUCUAUAUAACUAUCGGAUUUUUUGGCUACAUUGCAUUCUGCGGUCACGAUUUUGGAGGAAACAUUCUCACUUCGUUUACAGAGCAUUCAAGAUUUAUAGGUAUAAUUGUAUACGUUAAGGGGUUCAUGAGAUAUGAUCGGAUAUCCAAUCAUAAAAAACAGAAAAACAAAUUUGUAUUGUUGCAACUCUAUUUAGACUUACCAAGGCAUCGGAUCUACAGAACUAGUCAACGAUUACAUGCCUCCCACCAGGUAACUAGAUCAGGAUUAGUCAACGAUUACAUGCCCCCCACCAGAUUUAAUCUGAUCACCCUGUUUGUGAUAUCUGUGGCGCUAGUGGUGGGCAUCAUUAUACCAGAUAUUGAACUAGUUCUUGGUCUAGUAGGAUCUACCAUGGGUGCUUCAAUCUGUGUCAUAUUCCCGGCUGUUGCAUUUCUGAAGCUAACCUCUAAAAAUACCACAGAGAGGCUGGCAGCUAGGGGUGUUCUAGCCGUAGGAAUAAUAACCCUCAUUCUGGGAACCUAUGUGAACCUGGUUGAGAGAUCAAGUUCCUCCAGUUCUCCUGGUUCUCCGGGUCCUAGCUUUAUCAAACCUAAAUUUGAUGCAAACCCCCUCCAUCGUCCAAAAGAUUUAUCUGAUGAGGUAGAACAAAAAGGAGAGGAGUUAAUCAAGAAAUUAUCUAACGAGGUAGGGAAGGAUGUUCCCUCCUCCUCCUCCUCCUCCUCCUCCUCCUCUUCUUCAAGUAUCAAGAACGAAGAGCUGAAGAAUGAGAAAAAUAAAGAGGUUAAGAAUGAUAACAAGGAAGAGGAGACAAGAAUUGAGCCAGUUGUUCCAGAGGAACCUGAAGAUACUAAAUCUGUGGAGAAGAAAGAUGUUCCUGACUCACAGGAACAUGAUGAUAAGAAAUUAGAUGUUUCAGACGCUCAGGAACACAAGGAUCAGAAGGACGUUCCUAAUAACCUGGAACAUGAUGAAAAAAAGAAGUUUGUUCCGGAUGCUCUGGAACACGAUGAUAAGAAAAACGCUAACUCUGAAGAUGUCAAGGAAAAUCUGAAAGUAAAAGAGCCUGGAAAAGCUGCCGAAGCAGAAGAUCAACCUAAACCAGAGAAGGAGUACGCUGCUGCAGAGUUGCUGGAGGAGCUGGCCAGGCAGAAGAAGGAGCAGGAGAUCAUUCUUGAUCAACAGAAACAGAUCCUUAAUCAGCUCAAGGAGCAUCAGCUGAAAGAAACAGAAGGAAAGGCUGUUGUGCAACAACAACAACAACAGCAGCAGCAACCUGGGAACCAACAACCUGCUGAACAACAAGCCCCUGCAGUUCAACAGCAAUAUCAACAACAACAGAUUAAUAUGCAACAGCAAUAUCAACAACCUGCGGAACAACAACCUAUAGUUCAACAGCAGCAGCAAAUACCUGUACAACAACAAUAUCAACAACUUGCGGAACAACAACCGCCUUUAGCUCCAGAAAUGCGGCAACAACCGGUAGUUCAACAACAGCAAGCGAUAGGGCAACAGCAGCAGCUGGUACAACAACAAUUUAAUGUGAAACAACAACAUCCUCCACAAUCUGUAGUGCAACAGCAACCGACUGUGCAGGAACAACAAGUCCAACAACAACCUGUCAUCCAACCACAGCCUAUUAUUCAACAACAACAGGUAGUUCAGCAAAAUCAGCCUGUUUUUCGAAAUCAACAACAACUGAAUGACCAGCAACAACAGCCGGUUUUCCAACAACAACCUUUGGUACAACAACAACCAGUUGCCCAUCUACAACAACAAUCAAAUUUUCAACAAUAUCAACCUGAUCCCCAAUACCAGCAACCUUUAGUCCAACAACAGCAGCCCGCUAUUCAACCACAACAACAACCUGCUGUUCAGCUAAAACAAUCUGCUGUUCAACCACCAUCUGAUGUUCAGCAACAACAACCUGCUGUUCAGCAACAGCAACCUGCUGUUCAGCAACAACAACCUGUUGUUCAACAACAACAGCAAUCAGCCAUUUACCAACAGCCUGAUGUUCAACAACAUCCUGCUUUUCAACAACAACAACAACAACAACAACAACAACAACCUGUUGUUCAACAACAACAGCAAUCGGCUAUUUACCAACAGCCUGAUGUUCAACAACAAAAACAACAACAGCCUGUUGUUCAACAACAACAACCUGUUGUUCAACAACAACAACCUGUUGUUCAACAACAACAACAACCUGUUGUUCAACAACCACCUGUUUUUCAACAACAACAACAACCUGUUGUUCAACAACAGCAACUUGUUCAACAACAACAACAACCU